UUCUCUGUGGCGGCCGCGUCCACGCAGGGCGGCGGGGGGAAGGGCGUGGGAGCCGCGCCCGGGGCAGAGCGGCGGUGGGCUCCUGGGACGGCUCGGAGCGUCCGGCGCCUCCUGUGCUGCGCACCUCCUGGGACUCGGGUGUAAAGAAAUGGUGACAGUGCUCUGGGCGGGCGGGAGCGGCGGGCCUGCUGUCUAGGGAGAAAACCAGCGACGGGGCCUCCGAGCGCUGCCGGGGUGCGGGCGGGGGCUUCGUCCUGCCGCACGGAUGCGCGGGGGCACCAGACUCCGAGCCGGGAGAGCUUGGGUCUCGGUUCGCCUUUCUCUGCCCAAACUGUCCACCUCCCGCCGGGAGAGCACCGAGCCUGGAAUGACGAAGGGCAUCCCCGAGAGAGGGUGGCUAGCAGCCCUGCUGAACAUGAGCAUUGCUUUGAGAAAAUGCAGGAUGAAGUUGUGAUAUGUCCUUAUGAUUUCAAUCAUCACAUGCCUAAAUCAUCUUUAGCAAAGCACAUGGUAUCAUGUAGAUUGAGGAAACUGGGCUACACCAAAGAAGAAGAGGAUAAAAUGUAUAAUUCUGAAUUUUUCUAUGAGAAUAUGAAGAUACCUUCAAUCACUUUGAAUAAGGACUCACAAUUCCAGAUAAUUAAACAAGCUAGAAAUGCAGUUGGAAAAGAUGGUGACUAUUAUAAUCAAAUAAUUGGGUUUAAUACAUCAUAUCAAGGGAUUUAUUCUUCAUUACCUGUCGAAGUUCCUCUGAAUCACAAACGAUUUGUUUGUGAUCUGACCCAAGCUGAUCGUCUUGCCCUCUAUGAUUUCGUAAUUGAGGAGACAAAGAAAAAGCGCUCUGAUUCUCAAAUUAUCGAAAAUGACAGUGAUCUCUUUGUAGACUUGGCUGCAAAAGUCAAUCAAGAUAAUAGUCGAAAAAGUCCAAAAUCUUACCUUGAAAUCUUGGCAGAAGUGAGGGAUUAUAAAAGAAGACGUCAAUCCUAUAGAGCUAAGAAUGUUCACAUAACCAAGAAAUCAUACACUGAGGUGAUUCGGGAUGUGAUAAAUGUGCACAUGGAAGAACUCAGUAAUAAUUGGCAAGAAGAGCAGGAAAAAGCAGAGGAUGAUGCUGAAAAAACAUUAACUUUAGGCUGGUGCACACUGAAGACCAGUGAAGAAAGUGAACUGAUGAAUGGUCCUGUCUGUUCCAGGAGAGAAAAAAGGCGAUCAGCUUCAGUAGAUUCACGGCAGUCUGGUGGAAGCUAUUUGGAUGCUGAGUGUUCACGGCAUAGAAGGGAUCGGAGUAGGAGCCCACAUAAACGAAAAAGAAAUAAAGAUAAAGAUAAAAAUUGGGACUCAAGAGGGAGGAAAGAGAGGGAUGGGGAAAGAUAUCAUAGUCAUAAAAGAAGAAAGCAAAAAGUAUAAAUGAAGUAUUCAUGCAUGUGUUAAUUAUGCUGAUGCCAAGAUAACCAAUGUGCUGAUGUUUUCAUUGUAAUUGCUUUGCAUAGGGGAAAAUGUUUAUAUGACCUGUUUAGUGCUCAUAUCACUAUUUUUCAGUAAGUGCUUAUGUCUCAAACCAUGAGUUCACUGUUAUGCCCUAUAACAUUGUUUUCCAUAUAUUUUAAUAGAUGACUGCUUCCUGUCACUAAUUUUGUUUUUGU